CCACCCACCGCCGCAUACUGCCCAGUCAUACCUGCGAUAUCUACGCCGUGUUAGCAGAGGAGUGAAUGAGGAGGCGUCGACGAAGACACAUAGGAUCAAGGAGGCCCCGCCCAUAUAGGAGUCCAGAGCGGGAGGCCAGACGGAGACUUAGUCUGAGCGAGACACUGCCGCAUGCGGACGUGUGCCGCUGCCCUCUACUGCUCUCCUGAACUGACUGUGUUGUGUUGAAUUGAAACACUGACCCGCAACCAUGGUGGUCGAGGAUAAGAAGAGGAAGUCGGUGCAGAAGGAUAAGCGUCCCAUGACGCCCAAGGAGAAGUGCAUCUGUCAGAUCUGCACGUGCGGGAGGCAUCGAUGUCCCCACUCUCAGCCGAACGCACGUCGCUGGCAGCACACUGCUCUCUAUGAUGAGAAGGCUCACAUGGAGUACACCACAGAGCAGUCUUCAGCCUACCGUUCCUACUCCACCAGCCAGCACCAGGCAGCUCUCAAGAUGGAGAAGAAAUACGUCGAUUCUAUCAGAACCGAGAGCGGAGGCACUGUAGAAAUCUCCGAGGGUAGGGACGUGCACACAGCCAGCCACCAACACACAUCAUCUUCGACCGAACAGACCUCUUCCAGUGUACAACAGAGUUCCUCCAGUGUACAGCAGAGCUCUUCUUCCGUCCAGCAGAUCUCCAGCAGCACACAGCAGCAACUGGAGACCUCCUCACAGGCUGAGCAGCGAGUACGUUCGUCAACACAGAGAACGAAGGAGGAACUACAGCGAUUCACAGACUCCCUUUCUAUCGAGACACAGAAUCAGCAUCAAGGAAAGCUCACUACAGGCGGCACUCAUACUACCACGCAGGACGGAAAGGCAGUAUUGGGUACCGGAGGAGCCAGCGAGGUGUUACAGACCCAAGUUGUAGGCGGCGGUGGUGUCACUGCAGUGAUCGACUCCUCCUUGGCUGGCCGCCAACAUGUCGGCUCCACCUCCCUCGUCUCCUCCUUCUCCCACUCCUCCUCCAGCGCCAUCAGGGAGUCCUCCUCUUCCACCUCCAUUACUUCAAGCACACGUCAGGUGUCGAGUUCAGACUCACGAGCUCAAACCGCCGGAACUGUCAGCAUCUCUGGUGUCAGCUCCCAGGAAUCUCUUCAGAGCUCACGCUCGGAGAUGAACAAGCGAGAGAGCAAGAGCUUCUCACAGAAGAGCGUGUCAGAGAGCCAGAGAAUAGCAGAGAUGCAAGAGAGCACACAUAUGCUCAGUAGCGCCGCUGAGAGCACUCACAGCCGGGAGAGCAGGUCACAUAGUCAGCAGGAACUAUCAGUCAGCGAAGAAAUGCUGUCAGAAAGCCAGCGGAUAUUGCGGAGUCAGCAAAUGUCAGAGCGAGAGCAGAUGACAUCCUCGAGUCAACACACAUCACAGACAGAGAUGUCAUCAACGAGUCAGCACAUAUCAGAGAGACAACAGAUGUCAGUGAACCAGAGACAGCUGUCAGAGAUGCAGCAGACAUUACAGGUAUCACAGCAGAGAGAAGAGUCUCACCGCAAGGCCAUGAUGGCCAGCCAUGACUCCAGCAUAACAGAGUCACGAAGCACUGAGGUACAUCAAGCUGUCGACAACAGGGAACUGAGGUCCAAACAAGACGUCUCCACCAUCAGGGCUGCUGGCGAUUACUAUGGAAAGAGCAGCCAUAAGGAAGAGUUUAUGACUGUGUCUGGUGGAGUGCUUACAGCCAAGCGCCCUCAGGAUUCACUCAAGCUCAAGGGAGAUCUUUAUUACCCAGAAAAGACCUCACCAGGAAAGGGAGAUCGAGCUGAUAUUAAGAGACCAAUAGACAAUCUAAGACCAGAAGGAGACUUCUCAGCCCCAGAGAAGACCUCACCUGGCCAAGGAGACCGAGCCUACGUCAAAAAACCAUCUGAUAACCUUAGAACAGAAGGUGACUUCACGGCACCAGAGAAGACAACACCAGGAAAAGGUGACCGUGCUGAUGUCAAGAGACCGUCAGAUAAUCUAAGACCUGAAGGAGAUUUCUCUGUGCCUGAUAAAGCUUCACCAGGUCAAGGCGACAGAGCAGCCGUAAGAAGACCACAGGACAACCUUGCUCCGUCUGGCGAUUUUGAGGGUGUCAGCACUAAUAAGAACUACUACAAUGUUGUCCAGGGUGACAGAGCAGAGACCAGGCAUUACCAAGAUUCUCUAAAACUCGACGGUGAGUUCACCGGCGUCACAUCUAGCAAAGAGACAUACCAGAAACACGAGUCAGUUUCACAUUCUGAGCGCCUUGUACACCAAGAUAAUAUCAAGUUUGACGGUGAGAUGGAGACCAUCAUGUCCUCUUCUCAAUCUGAAUACUUUGAAAAAUCUGGUGAUAGACCUAAAUUGCAACGGAAGAAGACGUGGACAAAACUGGAAGGAGAGAUGUACAUGAACCGAUCCAGUGAGGAGUACAAGGCAUACCAACAAUCUGAAAAGUCUCAAAUUACCAAACAUGAAGAUAAUUUAAAGAUGGAAGGAGAAUUUGAGGGGAAAACAAGGGAAUCUUUGAUAAUGAAAGGUGACAGAGUACCUGCCAAACGUCACCCAGAUAACUUAAAGCUAGAGGGAUCAUUUGAAGGGAAGCUGGCAGAAGGUGCCCCUCAUGGUGAGAGGGCCCCAGUGAAAAAGCACCCAGAUAAUCUGAAAAUGGAAGGUGACUUUGAAGGAAAACCUGUUGAUGGAGCUCCAGUUGGAGAAAAAGCAGGUAUAAAGCGCUACCCAGAUAACCUAAAGCUCUCAGGUGACAUUGAAACUCGACCAGCUGGAGAAGUUCCAUUGGCUGAGAGACAACAAAUCAAAAGAUAUCCAGACAACUUACGCAUGGAAGGAGAAUUUACAGGACGUUCUCGAAGUCGUAGCCCAGUGAAAGGAGAGCGUUCCAUGCCUAAGCACCAUCCUGACAAUCUUAAGAUGGAAGGGACCUUUGAGGGUACAGUAAGAAGUAAGAGUCCUACAAAGGGUGAACGUGUAUCUCCCAAGAAGCACCCUGAUAACUUAAAGGUAGAAGGAGAUUUCAUGGGUCGAUCACCCGAGUCCCCACCCAAGGGAGAGCGUGCUGCAAUCAGAAAGCAUCCUGAUAACCUCAAGAUGGAAGGGGAUUUCGAAUCUACACCAAGAGGUCGAAGUCCAGUUAAAGGAGAUAGAGCUAAAACCAAGAAACAUGCAGAUAAUCUUAAACUUCAGGGAGAAUUUGAAGGAAAAUCAAAUGACACUACUCCUGUCAGAGGAGAGCGAGCCAAGGUAGUUCGGCACGAAGAUCAAUUACAUAUGGAGGGAGAGUUCAAUGUAGAAAGAAAAGAACAAGUGAUAUUCAAAGGUGAAAGAGCUGAAAUAAAAAGGCAUGAAGAUUCUUUGAAGAUGGAGGGAAGUUUUACAGGCAAACAAUAUGAUUAUCAGAAGUUUCAAGGAGAAAAAACACAUGUGGUAAAGCAUGAAGACAACCUGCGACUGCAAGGUGAUUUCAUGGCUCCUGAACCAGGAAAAGCUCCUGCAGGAGUCAGAGAACCAGUAAAGAAAUAUCCAGAUAACAUUAAAUUAUCAGGAGACUUCACUGGAAAACCUCGAGAAGAUGCUCCACAUGGGGAAAGAGCACCAAUCAAGAGGCAUCCAGACAACCUACAUAUGACUGGGGAUUUCCAAGGAAAGGAAGACGAAUAUAGAAUUAUCAAAGGUGAGAGAGUCAAGGUUGUGCGUCAUGAAGAUAAUCUACACAUGGAAGGAGACUUCACUGGCAAGGAACAUGAGCACAUAACAAUUGGUGAGAGAGCGUCUGUGAAAAGGCAUCCAGACAAUUUAAAAAUGGAUGGGGAUUUCGUUGGUAAACCAAGAGAAGAUGCACCACAUGGCGAGAGAGCACCUAUUAAAAGGCAUCCAGACAAUCUUCGCAUGGAGGGUGACUUUUCAGCUCCAAAACCAGAAGAAGCACCAAGGGCAGAUCGAGCACAAACAAAAAAACAUCCAGACAAUCUACAUAUGACAGGAGACUUCACUGGAAAAGAAGAAAAUUAUAAAGUUGUGAGAGGUGAAAGAGUUGAAGUUGUCCGAAGAGAAGACAACUUACGUGUUGAAGGAGAGUUCACCGGAAAAGAAUAUGAACAAGUACGAGUUGGAGAGAGAGCUACUGUCAAGAAACACCCUGACAACCUUCGUAUGGAUGGGGAUUUCUAUGCACCAUCACAUGAAGAUGUACCUCGAGGGGAGCGUGCUCCUGUCAAGAAACAUCCUGACAAUCUCAAGAUGUCUGGAGACUUUGAAGGAAAACCUCGUGAAGAUGCUCCUUAUACAAAGAGAUCACCUGUUAAGAAACAUCCUGAUAACCUCCGUAUGGAGGGUGACUUCAUUGCUCCUACUCCUGAAGAGGCUCCACGUGGUGAACGAGCUCCUGUUAAGCGACAAGUUGACAAUUUACAUAUGACUGGAGAAUUCCAAGGAAAGGAGGAAGAAUACAGAAUUGUUCGAGGAGAGAGAGUACAAGUAGUUCGUCGUGAGGACAACUUACACAUGGAGGGAGAAUUCUUUGGGAAAGAGCACGAGCAGGUUACAAUUGGUGAAAGAGCAACAAUUAAGAAACAUGAGGACAAUCUUCGUAUGGUUGGAGAUUUCACUGGGAAACCUCGUGAAGAAGCACCAUAUUCAGAAAGGGCUCCAGUCAAGAGACAUCCAGACAAUCUUCGCAUGGAUGGAGAUUUCUAUGCUCCAACACCUGAAGAUGCUCCAAGAGGGGAGCGUGCCCCUGUUAAGAAACAUCCAGACAACCUUAAGAUGGUUGGUGAUUUUGAAGGAAAACCUCGGGAAGAUGCUCCUUAUGGCCAACGAGCACCUGUUAAGAAGCAUCCUGAUAAUCUUCAGAUGGAUGGUGACUUUUAUGCUCCGGCCCCUGGCGAAGCUCCAAGAGGAGAACGUGCUCCUGUUAAGAGACAUCCUGACAACCUUAAGAUGGCUGGUGACUUUGAAGGAAAGCCUCGUGAAGAUGCUCCUUAUGCAGAACGAGCUACUGUCAAGAAACACCCUGAUAAUCUUCGUAUGGAUGGAGACUUCUAUGCACCAUCACCUGAAGAUGUGCCGCAAGGGGAACGUGCUCCUGUCAAAAAGCAUCCUGACAAUUUGAAAAUGGAUGGAGACUUUCAAGGUAAACCCCGAGAAGAUGCUCCUUAUGCACAGAGAGCUCCAGUCAAAAAACAUCCAGACAAUCUUCGUAUGGAUGGCGAUUUUUAUGCUCCAACACCUGGAGAAGCCCCGAGAGGGGAACGUGCACCUGUUAAGCGACAAGUUGACAAUUUACACAUGACUGGAGAAUUCCAAGGAAAGGAAGAAGAAUACAGAAUUGUUCGAGGAGAGAGAGUACAAGUAGUUCGUCGUGAGGACAACCUUCGUAUGGAAGGAGAAUUUAUUGGGAAAGAACAUGAAGAGGUUACAGUUGGCGAAAGAGCAACAAUUAAGAAACAUGAGGAUAAUCUUCGUAUGGUUGGAGAUUUCACUGGGAAACCUCGUGAAGAAGCACCACACUCAGAAAGGGCUCCAGUCAAAAGACAUCCAGACAAUCUUCGCAUGGAUGGAGAUUUCUAUGCUCCAACACCUGAAGAUGCUCCAAGAGGGGAGCGUGCCCCUGUUAAGAAACAUCCAGACAACCUUAAGAUGGUUGGUGACUUUGAAGGAAAACCUAGGGAAGAUGCUCCUUAUGGUCAACGAGCACCUGUUAAGAAGCAUCCUGAUAAUCUUCAGAUGGAUGGUGACUUCUAUGCUCCAACCCCUGGUGAAGCUCCAAGAGGAGAACGUGCCCCUGUUAAGAAACAUCCUGACAACCUCAAAAUGAUUGGCAACUUUGAAGGAAAGCCUCGGGAGGAUGCUCCAUAUGCACAGCGAGCACCAGUUAAGAAACACCCUGAUAAUCUUCGUAUGGAUGGAGACUUUUAUGCACCCACCCCUGGAGAAGCUCCAAGAGGUGAGCGUGCUCCUGUUCAGAAGCAUCCUGACAACCUCAAGAUGGUUGGUGACUUUGAAGGAAAGCCUCGGGAAGAUGCUCCAUAUGCACAGCGAGCACCAGUCAAGAAACACCCUGAUAAUCUUCGUAUGGAUGGAGACUUCUAUGCACCAUCACCUGAAGAUGUGCCACGAGGGGAACGUGCUCCUGUCAAGAAACAUCCAGAUAACCUUAAGAUGUCUGGAGACUUCGAAGGAAAGUCUCUGGAAGAUGCUCCCUAUGGGCAGCGAGCACCAGUCAAGAAACAUCCUGAUAAUCUACGUAUGGAUGGGGACUUUUAUGCACCAACACCUGAAGAAGCUCCAAGAGGGGAGCGUGCUCCUGUUCAAAAGCAUCCUGACAAUCUCAAGAUGGUUGGUGACUUUGAAGGAAAACCUCGUGAAGAUGCUCCUCAUGCAGAAAGGGCUCCUAUCAAAAGGCACCCAGACAAUCUUCAUUUGGAUGGUGAUUUUUAUGCUCCAACACCUGGAGAAGCCCCAAGAGGGGAACGUGCUCCUGUUAAGCGACAAGUUGACAAUUUACAAAUGACUGGAGAAUUCCAAGGAAAGGAAGAAGAAUAUAGAAUUGUUCGAGGAGAGAGAGUACAAGUAGUUCGUCGUGAGGACAACUUACGCAUGGAGGGAGAAUUCUUUGGGAAAGAGCAUGAGCAGAUUACAAUUGGUGAAAGAGCAACAAUUAAGAAACAUGAGGACAAUCUUCGUAUGGUUGGAGAUUUCACUGGGAAACCUCGUGAAGAAGCACCAUAUUCAGAAAGGGCUCCAGUCAAAAGACAUCCAGACAAUCUUCGCAUGGAUGGAGAUUUCUAUGCUCCAACACCUGAAGAUGCUCCAAGAGGGGAGCGUGCCCCUGUUAAGAAACAUCCAGACAACCUUAAGAUGGUUGGCAAAUUUGAAGGAAAGCCUCGGGAAGAUGCUCCUUAUGGUCAACGAGCACCUGUUAAGAAGCAUCCUGAUAAUCUUCAGAUGGAUGGUGACUUCUAUGCUCCAACCCCUGGGGAAGCUCCAAGAGGGGAACGUGCUCCUGUUAAAAAACAUCCUGACAACCUCAAAAUGAUUGGUGACUUUGAAGGAAAGCCUCAGGAGGAUGCUCCAUAUGCACAGCGAGCACCAGUCAAGAAACACCCUGAUAAUCUUCGUAUGGAUGGGGACUUUUAUGCACCCACCCCUGGAGAAGCUCCAAGAGGUGAGCGUGCACCUGUUCAGAAGCAUCCUGACAACCUCAAGAUGGUUGGUGACUUUGAAGGAAAGCCUCGUGAAGAUGCACCUUAUGCAGAAAGAGCUCCAGUCAAAAAGCAUCCUGAUAAUCUUCGUAUGGAUGGUGAUUUCUAUGCUCCAUCACCUGAAGAUGUGCCACGAGGAGAGCGUGCCCCUGUCAAGAAACAUCCUGACAACUUAAGAAUGGAUGGAGACUUCCAAGGUAAACCACGAGAGGAUGCUCCCUAUGCACAGAGGGCCCCUGUUAAGAAACAUCCAGACAAUCUUCGCAUGGAUGGUGAUUUCUAUGCUCCAAGUCCUGGAGAAGCACCAAGAGGAGAGCGAGCUCCUGUUCAGAAACAUCCUGACAACCUGAAGAUGGUUGGAGAUUUUGAAGGAAAACCUCGGGAAGAUGCUCCAUAUGCUGAAAGAGCUCCUGUCAAGAAACACCCAGAUAAUCUUCGCAUGGAUGGAGACUUUUAUGCCCCAUCUCCUGAAGAUGCUCCUCGAGGGGAACGAGCACCAGUUAAGAAGCAUCCAGACAAUCUGAAGAUGUCUGGAGACUUUGAAGGAAAGCCUAGAGAUGAUGCUCCUUAUGCUCAGAGAGAGCCAGUGAAGAGACAUCCUGAUAACCUUCAUAUGGAUGGAGAUUUCUAUGCACCAACACCUGAAGAAGCUCCACGGGGUGAGCGAGCACCUGUGAAACGUCAUCUUGAUAAUCUGCAAAUGACGGGAGAAUUCCAAGGAAAAGAAGAACAUACAGUCAUCCGAGGUGAAAGAGUUGAAGUUGUUCGAAGAGAAGAUAAUUUACGAAUGGAAGGAGAAUUCUUUGGUAAAGAGCAUGAGGAAGUGACAAUUGGAGAACGAGCAACUGUUAAAAGACAUCCAGAUAACCUACGCAUGGUUGGAGACUUUGAGGGAAAGCCUAAGGAGGAUGCUCCCUAUGCACAGCGUGCCCCUGUCAAGAAACAUCCUGACAACCUGCGAAUGGAUGGGGACUUCUAUGCCCCAACACACGAAGAUGCACCAAGAGGAGAACGUGCACCUGUGAAGAAACAUCCUGACAAUCUUAAGAUGACUGGAGACUUUGAAGGAAAACCACGAGAAGAUGCUCCCUAUGCACAGCGUUCCCCUGUCAAGAAACAUCCUGAUAAUCUUCGGAUGGAUGGUGAUUUUUAUGCACCAACCCCAGGAGAGGCUCCAAGAGGAGAACGUGCACCCGUGAAGAAACACCCUGACAACCUUAAAAUGGUUGGUGACUUUGAAGGAAAGCCUCGUGAAGAUGUUCCAUAUGCACAGAGAGCUCCUGUCACUAAACAUCCUGACAAUCUCCGUAUGGGUGGGGACUUUUAUGCUCCAACACAUGAAGAUGCACCACGAGGAGAACGUGCACCUGUGAAGAAACAUCCUGACAAUCUUAAGAUGACUGGAGACUUUGAAGGAAAACCACGAGAAGAUGCUCCCUAUGCACAGCGUUCCCCUGUCAAGAAACAUCCUGAUAAUCUUCGUAUGGAUGGUGACUUCUAUGCUCCAACCCCAGAAGAAGCUCCAAGAGGAGAACGUGCACCUGUGAAGAAACACCCUGACAACCUAAAGAUGGUUGGAGACUUUGAAGGGAAACCUCGAGAAGAUGCUCCCUAUGCAGAAAGGGCCCCUGUGAAGAAACAUCCUGAUAAUCUUCAUAUGGAUGGAGAAUUUUAUGCACCUAAACCUGGAGAGGCUCCCCAUGGGGAACGAGCACCCAUCAAAAAACAUCCAGACAAUCUUACGAUGGUAGGCGAAUUUGUAGGAAAACCUCGGGAGGAUGCUCCAUAUGCUCAGAGAGCCCCCAUUAAGAAGCACCCUGACAACCUUCAAAUGAAUGGAGAAUUUUAUGCACCAACACCUUCAGAAGCACCACGAGGGGAACGAGCCCCUACUAAGAAACAUCCUGACAAUUUAAUCAUGGCUGGUGAUUUUGAAGGAAAGCCACGUGAAGAUGCACCCCAUGCAGAAAGGGCUCCUGUCAAAAAGCAUCCUGAUAAUCUUCACAUGGAUGGAGUCUUCUAUGCUCCAACACCUGGAGAAGCUCCCCAAGGUGUACGAGCACCAAUCAAGAGACAUACUGAUAAUCUUCAUAUGACUGGAGAAUUUCAGGGAAAGGAAGAAUAUACAGUUCUUCGAGGAGAGAGAUCUGAAGUCAUUAGACGAGAAGACAACUUACGAAUGGAGGGAGAAUUUACUGGCAAGGAGUAUGAACAAGUUACAAUUGGAGAAAGAGCAACUGUCAAGAAACAUCCAGACAACCUUCGUAUGGUUGGAGAUUUCACAGGAAAACCCCAUGAAGAGGCACCAUUUGCUGAGAGGGCUCCAGUCAAAAAACACCCAGACAAUCUUCGCUUGGAUGGAAACUUUUAUGCACCAUCACAUGAAGAUGCACCAAGAGGAGAACGAGCACCAGUUAAAAGGCAUCCAGACAAUUUGAAGAUGGUUGGAGAUUUUGAAGGAAAACCUAAAGAGGAUGCUCCAUAUGUUCAAAGAGAACCAGUUAAGAAACAUACAGACAAUCUCCGCAUGGAUGGUGACUUCUAUGCACCAACACCAGAAGAAGUUCCAAGAGGUGAACGUGCUCCUGUGAAGAAACAUCCUGACAACCUAAGAAUGGCAGGAGAUUUUGAAGGAAAGCCUAAAGAGGAUGCUCCUUAUGCUGAGAGAGCUCCGGUCAAGAAACAUCCUGACAAUCUUCGCAUGGAUGGAGAUUUUUAUGCUCCAAGACCUGAAGAUGCUCCACGAGGAGAACGUGCACCCAUCAAAAAACACCCUGAUAAUUUGAAAAUGGUCGGAGAGUUUGAGGGCAAACCUCGAGAGAAAGCUCCUUACACACAAAGGGAACCUGGUAAGAAACAUCCAGAUAAUCUCCACAUGGAUGGGGAUUUCUAUGCACCCACCCCUGGAGAAGCUCCAAGAGGUGAGCGUGCACCUGUUCAGAAGCAUCCUGAUAACCUCAAGAUGGUUGGUGACUUCGAAGGAAGGCCUCGUGAAGAUGCACCUUAUGCAGAAAGAGCUCCAGUCAAAAAGCAUCCUGAUAAUCUUCGUAUGGAUGGUGAUUUCUAUGCUCCAUCACCUGAAGAUGUGCCACGAGGAGAGCGUGCCCCUGUCAAGAAACAUCCUGACAACUUAAGAAUGGAUGGAGACUUCCAAGGUAAACCACGAGAGGAUGCUCCCUAUGCACAGAGGGCCCCUGUUAAGAAACAUCCAGACAAUCUUCGCAUGGAUGGUGAUUUCUAUGCUCCAAGUCCUGGAGAAGCACCAAGAGGAGAGCGAGCUCCUGUUCAGAAACAUCCUGACAACCUGAAGAUGGUUGGAGAUUUUGAAGGAAAACCUCGGGAAGAUGCUCCAUAUGCUGAAAGAGCUCCUGUCAAGAAACACCCAGAUAAUCUUCGCAUGGAUGGAGACUUUUAUGCCCCAUCUCCUGAAGAUGCUCCUCGAGGGGAACGAGCACCAGUUAAGAAGCAUCCAGACAAUCUGAAGAUGUCUGGAGACUUUGAAGGAAAGCCUAGAGAUGAUGCUCCUUAUGCUCAGAGAGAGCCAGUGAAGAGACAUCCUGAUAACCUUCAUAUGGAUGGAGAUUUCUAUGCACCAACACCUGAAGAAGCUCCACGGGGUGAGCGAGCACCUGUAAAACGUCAUCUUGAUAAUCUGCAAAUGACGGGAGAAUUCCAAGGAAAAGAAGAACAUACAGUCAUCCGAGGUGAAAGAGUUGAAGUUGUUCGAAGAGAAGAUAAUUUACGAAUGGAAGGAGAAUUCUUUGGUAAAGAGCAUGAGGAAGUGACAAUUGGAGAACGAGCAACUGUUAAAAGACAUCCAGAUAACCUACGCAUGGUUGGAGACUUUGAGGGAAAGCCUAAGGAGGAUGCUCCCUAUGCACAGCGUGCCCCUGUCAAGAAACAUCCUGACAACCUGCGAAUGGAUGGGGACUUCUAUGCCCCAACACACGAAGAUGCACCAAGAGGAGAACGUGCACCUGUGAAGAAACAUCCUGACAAUCUUAAGAUGACUGGAGACUUUGAAGGAAAACCACGAGAAGAUGCUCCCUAUGCACAGCGUUCCCCUGUCAAGAAACAUCCUGAUAAUCUUCGGAUGGAUGGUGACUUUUAUGCACCAACCCCAGGAGAGGCUCCAAGAGGAGAACGUGCACCCGUGAAGAAACACCCUGACAACCUUAAAAUGGUUGGUGACUUUGAAGGAAAGCCUCGUGAAGAUGUUCCAUAUGCACAGAGAGCUCCUGUCACUAAACAUCCUGACAAUCUCCGUAUGGAUGGGGACUUUUAUGCUCCAACACAUAAAGAUGCACCACGAGGAGAACGUGCACCUGUGAAGAAACAUCCUGACAAUCUUAAGAUGACUGGAGACUUUGAAGGAAAACCACGAGAAGAUGCUCCCUAUGCACAGCGUUCCCCUGUCAAGAAACAUCCUGAUAAUCUUCGUAUGGAUGGUGACUUCUAUGCUCCAACCCCAGAAGAAGCCCCAAGAGGAGAACGUGCACCUGUGAAGAAACACCCUGACAACCUAAAGAUGGUUGGAGACUUUGAAGGAAAACCUCAGGAAGAUGCUCCAUAUGCACAGAGAGCUCCUGUCACUAAACAUCCUGACAAUCUCCGUAUGGAUGGAGAUUUUUAUGCACCAACUCCUGGAGAAGCUCCAAGAGGGGAGCGUGCUCCUGUUCAAAAACAUCCUGACAACUUAAAAAUGUAUGGUGACUUUGAGGGAAAGCCACGAGAGGAUGCACCUUAUGCUGAAAGAGCACCAGUCAAGAAACAUCCUGACAAUCUCCGUAUGGAUGGUGACUUCUAUGCUCCAACACCUGGAGAGGCUCCAAAAGGGGAGCGUGCCCCUGUCAAGAAACACCCUGACAACCUGAAGAUGGUUGGUGACUUUGAAGGAAAGCCUCGAGAAGAUGCUCCUUAUGCAAAAAGAUCUCCUGUCAAGAAACAUCCCGACAAUCUCCGUAUGGAGGGUGACUUCAUUGCUCCUACUCCUGAAGAUGCUCCACGUGGUGAACGAGCUCCUGUUAAGCGACAAGUUGAUAACCUAAAGCUGACAGGAGAAUUCCAGGGUAAAGAGGAGCACACAGUUUACAGAGGUGAGCGAGUCGAAACAAUCAGAAGAGAAGACAACCUUAGAAUGGAGGGUGAAUUUACUGGUAAAGAAUAUGAACAGGUCACAAUUGGAGAGCGAGCUUCUGUUCUGAGACAUCCUGAUAACCUGCAUAUGGAUGGAGAGUUCACUGGAAAACCUCGUGAAGAUGCUCCCCAUGCUGUAAGAGCACCAGUCAAGAAACACCCUGAUAAUCUUCACAUGGAUGGAGAUUUCUAUGCACCAUCUCCUGGAGAAGCUCCAAGAGGGGAGCGUGCACCUGUUCAGAAACAUCCUGACAACCUUAGGAUGACUGGAGACUUUGAAGGAAAGCCUCGCGAAGAUGUUCCCUAUGCUCAGCGAGCUCCUGUUACAAAACAUCCUGACAAUUUACACAUGGAUGGAGACUUCUAUGCACCAUCCCCUGAAGAAGCUCCAAGAGGAGAGCGAGCUCCUGUCAAGAAACAUCCAGACAACCUUAGGAUGACUGGAGACUUUGAGGGAAAGCCUCGGGAAGAUGCUCCAUAUGCUCAGCGAGCCCCUGUUACAAAACAUCCUGACAAUCUACAUAUGGAUGGAGACUUUUAUGCCCCAACACCUGAAGAUGCUCCAAGAGGAGAGCGAGCUCCUGUCAAGAAACAUCCUGACAACCUUAGGAUGACUGGAGACUUUGAAGGAAAGCCUCGGGAAGGUGCUCGCUAUGCAGAGAGAGCCCCAGUCAAGAAACAUCCUGAUAAUCUUCGAAUGGAUGGUGACUUUUAUGCUCCAACUCCUGGAGAGGCUCCAAGAGGGGAGCGUGCACCUGUCCAGAAACAUCCUGACAACCUUAAGAUGGCUGGUGACUUUGAAGGAAAGCCUCGUGAAGAUGCACCUUAUGCUGAAAGAGCUCCAGUCAAGAAACACCCUGAUAAUCUUCGCAUGGAUGGAGACUUCUAUGCUCCAUCACCUGAGGAUGCUCCAAGAGGAGAACGGGCUCCAAUCAAGAAACAUCCAGACAAUCUCAAAAUGGUUGGUGACUUUGAAGGAAAGCCUCGGGAAGAUGCUCCCUAUGCACAGAGAGCCCCUGUUACAAAACAUCCUGAUAAUCUUCAUAUGGAUGGAGAUUUCUAUGCGCCUACAUCAGGAGAUGCUCCUAGAGGGGAACGUGCACCUGUAAAGAAACAUCCUGACAACUUAAAAAUGUUAGGAGACUUUGAAGGCAAACCACGUGAGGAUGCUCCUUAUGCAGAAAGAGCUCCAGUGAAAAAACAUCCUGAUAAUCUUCGCAUGGAUGGAGCUUUUUAUGCUCCAUCACCUGAAGAUGCUCCACGAGGGGAACGGGCUCCAAUCAAGAAACAUCCAGACAACCUCAGGAUGAUUGGUGACUUUGAAGGAAAACCUCGAGAAGAUGCUCCUUAUGCUGAAAGAGCCCCUGUCAAGAAACAUCCUGAUAAUCUCCACAUGGAUGGAGACUUCUAUGCACCAACUCCAGAAGAUGCUCCACGUGGGGAACGUGCACCAGUCAAGAGGCAUCCUGAUCAUCUUAAGCCUGAGGGUGACUUCACUGGUCGGCCCAGAGAUGAAGAGACUCUUUAUGGAGAAAGAGCACAAAUAAAACGUCAUGAAGACAAUUUGCACAUGGAAGGAGAAUGGGCUGGCCAGUCCAGUACCCACUACGACUAUCCUGUAGUUUCUGGCAUUCGUAGUGAGACACAUCGCCAUGUUGAUAACUUAAGGCAGGAGGGAGAAUUUUUGGGUAAGACUCAGUUUACUGAUGAUUAUCAACUCCAUCAGGUACAGCGGGCCCAAAAAGUAAAACAUACUGACAACCUUACCAUUGAGGGCAAAUAUCAUCUUGAUACCCUUCAAAAAGAAGAAUAUAAAAUUCAUAAGGGAGUUCGAGCAGAAAUUAAGAAGCACACUGACAACUUGCAUAUGGAAGGAGAGUUUACAGGACGCCGGCAUGAUCAGAUUCCAGUAAAGGGAGACAGAGCUCCUAUUGUCCACCAUCCUGACCAUCUGCGCACAGAUGGAGACUUUGAGGGAAAACCCACUGAAGAGGCUCCUCGUGGAGAACGAGCACCCAUCAAGAAACACCCAGAUAAUCUUAAAAUGGAAGGCACAUUUGAAGGUAAACCUUUAGAGAGCCCUCUGAAGGGUGAGCGGGCUACAAUUAAGAAACAUGAAGAUUCAUUAAGAAUGGAAGGAAGCUUUGAAGGACGUAGGAAGUCUGCCACUAUCAGAGGUGAGCGAGCUGAUGUUAAAAGACAUUCUGACAAUCUUCGAAUGGAAGGUGACAUGUCCUUUGUUAGGGAUGAGGCAGUUAUUAGAGGAGAAAGAGCAGAAAUUUCUAAGCAUGCUGAUAAUCUUAAAAUGGAAGGAGAGCUCGAAAUUACAAGAACAUUAUAUGCUACAAAAGGUGAGAGAGUAGCUGUACAGAAACAUGAAGAUUCUUUGAAACUUGAAGGGGAUAUGCACAUCACUAAAAAAGAAAUGGCAACAAAGGGAGAGAGGGUUGAAAUCAAGAAACAACUUGAUCACUUGAAAACAGAAGGAGAAUUUGAAGGAAAGGUGAAAACAACAGUUAUGCAGAAAGGAGAAAGAGCUGAAAUCAAGAAGCAACGAGAUAAUUUGAAGAUGGAGGGUGACUUGAGCAUUGAAAAGAAGACUUCAGUAAUGAAGGGGGAGAGAGCUGUUAUUAAAAAGCAUGAAGAUUCUCUCAAAAUGGAAGGAAAAUUUGAAGGCCGAAGAAAAUCUGCCACAUUUGGAAAAGGUGAAAGAGCAGAUGUUAAAAAACCAAAGGACAACCUGAGACAAGAAGGGGAAUUCGAUGCAGCUCGCAAGACUUCAGUUGUAAAAGGUGAAAGAGCUGAAAUUAAGAAGCAUGAAGAUAACUUAAAAAUGGAGGGAUCCUUGAAUGUCACAAAGGAAACCACUGUUAUCACAAAAGGUGAAAGAGCAGCAAUCAAGAAACAUGAAGACCAUUUGAAGAUGGAAGGAACCUUUGAAGGCAGAAGAAAGAGUGCAUCAACAUUUAAAGGAGAACGUGUUGAAAUUAGAAAACACGAAGAUAAUUUGAAAAUGGAGGGCAAGUUUGAAGGCUUCCAGAGAACUAGUACCCCUACUAAAGAUGGAGUAAAGAGAAAUGAAACCUUCAGAGUAAAAGGAGAGAGAGUACAUAUAAAGAAACAAGAGGAUAACUUGAAGAUGGAGGGUGAAUUCUAUGGUCAAUCCCCUGAAGUUAGUCCAAUCAAGGGAGACAGAGCGGAAGUGAAGAAACCAAAAGAUAAUCUUUCAGUUACUGGCACAUUUGAUGGACGACCUAAAGACCUACCAGGAGUCGGAGAACGCCCGUCACCAUAUAAAUAUGAUGACAAUCUUAAAAUGGAAGGUGAUUUUGAAGGCAGAAGGAAAGGAUCUCCAGGAAAAGGAGAACGUCUUCCACAAAAAAGACAUCCUGACAACCUCAGAUUGGAAGGUGACAUUGAUGGGCGCUCUAAGGAUAGUCCAGGAACAGGUGAACGUCUUCCUCAAAAACGAUACCCAGAUAAUUUAAAAAUGGAAGGUAGUUUUGAGGGCAAAAUGAGAGAAAGCCCAGGAGUAGGUGAGAGACUACAACAGAAGAGGUAUCCAGACAAUCUCAGAUCAGAAGGUGACUUUGAAGGUAUUGCAAGAACUAGUCCUGGUCCAGGUGAACGUCUGCAGCAGAAACGCUACCCAGAUAAUCUCAAGAUGGAAGGCGACUUUGAAGGACGAGGUCGUACCUCUCCAGGUAAAGGUGACCGAGUUUCUCCAGCAAAGCAUGGAGACAAUCUAAGACUAGAAGGGGAAUUCACUGGAACCAGACGGGACAGCAAUAUCAUCAAUGGAAAGGCUGAAGUUAAAGAGACUAAAGUCACUGCUGCAGCUGGAAGCACAGCAAAGACCCGGCGAGAUACGGUUAUACUGAAAUCUGGAGAAUCAGUAGCCACUAAAAUAGAGGAAUCAGCAUCUCUUCAAAAAUCCAGGUCAGAAAAAGCCGACUCGACUGAACACAGAGAUGUACAGAAAAUGGAGUCAUACACUGCCGAUGGCCGUAAAGUUACUAAGAUCAUUACUAAAGAAAGCCGAGAGACUAAGUCAGCCUCACGUGUUGAGUCUCGAGCCACAAGUGUAAAGAGUACUUCUGAACAGCGAAAGAUCUCCUCUGCUGAAGGCAAGAUUGAGACUUCAAGCACUGUUACAGCUAAAGGAACAUCAAAUGGUCAAACAUUGAAAGCAAAAUCUCCUCAACCAGCAGCUUCUCCCACUACUCCUACAGGGCACUCUCGACACAACCAGUCCUCCUUCUCUCUUGGCGAAGAUGUCAGUAUAAUGGAAACUAAGACUCGUUCAAGUGGGGUUCAGAAAUCCUCUUCCAGUAGUCAAAUUAGUUUAGAUCAAAAACUAGAAUCAACAGCCUCCACGCGAGAGAUGGCAUCCUCGCUUCGGCAAGCCGAUGCCCUAGACCUCCGUGGUGGUAGCAAGACAGAAACAGCACAUGGGGCAACUCAUUCAACCCACAUAGCAGGGGCAUCUCAAGAGGAAUACCGUAAGUGGUCUGCAAAUCAUCAGCAACAGAGUGAGCAGAGACGGGUAUCCAGCAGCACCACAAGGACGGAGACACAGAGAGUGGCUAGAGGGCGAGGUAAUUCCUCCUCAAUCACCUUCCACUCAGAAUAUGAUCCAUGGAGGGAUGCGACCAUUACCCGAAGGGGCGAGUGGCAGAUUGUAACUCCAUGUCCUGCUUCUCUUCUCGAAACUCGAUCCUCGACCUACAAACCUACACACAGCGGAAAGGAUCAUAAAUUUUAUCUUCCGAUAGUCGAGUGAUCAAGAUGCUGAAACAUACAAGAUUUGACAUUACUUCCCGAUCAAAACUUACUACAAUAUAAUUUUUUUUUUAUCCUGGAGACCAAAAGGGUCUUACUUUCUUACGCACAGCAAUGCUCAUUUUUAAUCUGUGAUGAUGACCGCCUUAUGUGACCGCCUCCAGUGUAUUGACAAUAUUACCUUCAUACUGUGAUGACUCUAAUAAUACAUUUUUGUCAACUACUCAGCUAUUAGGACAGCUAUUUAUAAUAUUAUCCUCGCUAUUAUCAAAGAAUGCCAUCACAAAUUCACUUUCCUAUUUUUAUAUAAUCUUGACUAAGAAUAUAAUUUUGUAAUCAAAAUGAAUAUGACAAUACGUGCUUUUAUAUUAAGUAUGGCUUAGUGAUUGAAAGGGACAAUUUAUUGAGAAUAGCAAAUAAGUGAUAACAGUAGCUAGAGGCAAUGCUACUCAUCUGCUCUAGCUUGUUAAGAUUGGGGACAUCUCUUAACAAUUUACAGUAGAUGGUAGCUGCCAAUUAGCCUCUGUCUCCGGCCAGGCUUUCCCUAGGCCUAAGGCAGAUGGCACUAGGCCUUGGCAUGUUGUGACCAAACUUUUGACCUGCCCACUCAGCCUGUGGCCCACCCAGACCUUAGUCUCCUUGCCAUUAUGGGCUACAGCUUUCUCAAAUGGUGCUUGGUUAUUUAAUAUACCUGUUUUAUAGUGAAAAAAAUGUGUGCAUCUAUGCAUUUAAAGCAUUUUUUUAUAACAAAAUAUAUACAUGAAUCCGAUGUUUAAUACUGUUUUAAUGUUGGUUUUCUUCUACAGAUGUAUUAUUUAUUUAAGAAGCGAUUAUGUUAGUUGACUUUAUUUUGGAGCUUGACUUGGGUCAAGCAACCAGACUGUUGGUGCCAUAAGUCGGCUGUGAGGCGUUGAGUGGCGCCUCUAUGCUCACAACACAACAACGGCCACUAUAAUGCCCAAGCUUGAGACAAGGCAAUAAAUUAAAUUUUAUUGAUCCUAAGUCUGUUUAAGUCUGCCCUGGGAAAAAUAAUACUCAUACUCUUUAACCAUACCUAUUCCUGAUACACGCACAAGCAUACAUAAAUAUUGACCUGUCCUCCUAACUCACUACGUUGGUGUCGUACUGUAUUAAGUGCCUAUUUUUCUUCAUAAACUACUUUCAGUUGCAUCCAUUUAGGGUUCCAGGAUAAAUGUCCUCGUCUCAUACCAUUAUUAUAAUAAAAUUAUUAUAAUAAAAAAGAAGCGCUAAACCACAAGGGCUAUACAGCUCGUCUCAUACCAAGUCUCCUUAAUUGGAAAGGAAAUAUUAUAGAAAUAACACUUGGCUAAAUGUCGAUUAACUAAAUUUAACAAUGUAAUAUAAAAAGCCAAUGAGAAAAUAUAGGAAGCUGAGACUGUUUUGAUGAACUAACAAAACGAGCAACCACCUAGAUGGCUCAGGAAAUCAAUGUAUCAGAAAACCAAUGUUCAUAUUUCAGUGACGCUUUCAGCUUUUUUUGUUUCUUCAGUCUUGAAUUAUAGUUACAAACCGACGUUUGUUUAGGAGGACGAGUUGCAAACACACCUCUGCUUGCACGACGCCACAAGUUUACAGUUCCCUCGCACACUUUUCAUUUAACAGUCACGGAUUCUAAUCACCUCAGUAAUAGCUGCUGAUUGCUGCAUAUAUUUCAAAAUCCACAAAAGUCAUCAUCAUAGAUAAGGGCACUGGAAAUACCUCAGCCAGUCUCUUACAUCACUGUCAGGACACUGAUGCUCCAUACAGUGCAGUAUUCCUUGAGGAUGAACUCUGGCUUGUGAUUUUUGGGAUGACUAUUGUAUUCCUAAGAUUUUUUGGUUACAAUUUUAUUUCACUGAUUUAGCCUCUUCAAGUCUUGGGUUUAUUUGUUAUAAUUUUGAUGGUCUCACUUAAGAAGCAUCGCUUUCUGCUACGCACACUGGAGAGAGCUUUUGUGCUUCAUGUUAUUAAGAUGUAAAAUGUAUAACCAUUUCAAAUGUGAUACUACAGUUAGCUUAUGAAUAAAGUGCUCGCUUGUU